GCGCGGCAGCGGACCGACUGCUCGCACAGGCCUCGGCCACACUGGAACGCAUGAUCGACGACCCCGACCGACCCAGCGCCAGCAAACGCGUGGCCGAAUUGCCCCUGACGCUCCAGCAGGCUGACGAGUCCCCUGGCUGCGUCUUUCAACGACUGCUGCCUGUCCCGCGGGAGGAGCACCUGGAGCGCACCUGCGACCUGCACCGUGAGACGAAGGUCACGGCCUGCAUAACGGAUGCCUGCAUGUCGUGUCUCGCCCUGGGACGGGGCGCGGGGUGCCUCGGCGGCACCAUGGGCAACCUGGCAGAGCAGAUCGGGGAGAACCUGGCCCGGGACUGCAAUGACCUGUUCCCGCGCUUGGCCGCGCGCCUCGCGCACGAGGACGAGGUAAAGGGCAGCGCCGCCAGGAAGAUCACACCUGUCGCCAAGUACGCCGAAACGCACAACAUCCUGGAAGGCGAGGUCACCGCGGACCACGCGCACUGGCUCCAUAAGUUUCGGGCGGAGAUUGCGACCGAAGCGAAGCUCACCCUGGCCGCGCGCGAGGCGGGAGCUGACCUUCGGGACGAGAAGUUCCUCGUGCGCCUCUUGGACGAGGCAG